CCACCCGCCGAGAGGGUAAGACGCGCUAUAUAAGGCCGCUAGCCUGGAGCCGCUGCGCCCUCGGAACAGCGCACGCAGAGUGCACGGCUGGCUGAAGUGCCCCGCGGACACCCUGCCUCCUCACGCACAGCCCCGCAGGGCGUCCCAGCUGCGGCCCAGACUCCCGCACCCCCCAGCUGCCAGGAACUGCGCCCCGGAGCCUGAGAGAAGUGCCAUGCAAAGCGCGUGGAGCCGACGCGUUAUGGCCCGAGCCCUGGUCUUGGCCAGCCUCUGGCUGGCCUCAGCCGGGGGGCCCCUAGGUCUUUCGGACGCUGGGCCGCACGUGCACUACGGCUGGGGGGAGUCCAUCCGCCUGCGCCACCUGUACACCUCCGGCCCCCACGGCCCAUCCAGCUGCUUCCUGCGCAUCCGCGUUGACGGCGCAGUGGACUGCGCGCGGGGGCAGAGCGCGCACAGUUUGAUGGAGAUCAGGGCAGUCGCCUUGCGGAAAGUGGCCAUCAAGGGCGUGCACAGCGCCCUGUACCUCUGCAUGGAAGGCGACGGCAGGAUGCUAGGGCUGCCUCAGUUCUCGCCCGAGGACUGUGCUUUCGAGGAGGAGAUCCGCCCCGACGGCUACAACGUGUACCGGUCCCAGAAGCACCAGCUGCCCGUCUCGCUGAGCAGUGCCCGGCAGAGGCAGCUGUUCAAGGCCCGGGGCUUCCUGCCACUGUCCCACUUCCUGCCCAUGCUGCCCAGCAGCCCCGCGGAACCCGCGCGCCCAGAGCGCCCCUUGGAGCCGGACGCCUUCUCUUCGCCCCUGGAAACAGACAGCAUGGACCCUUUUGGGAUUGCCAACAACCUGAGGCUGUAAACCGGAGUUUGUAUCAAGCGGUGCGUUGUUACGGACCUGAGUGUUGGAGGAGGGAGGCGAAGGGGAGGAGAUGGCCGUGCCGUGUUUUUGCUGCGUCCAGUACUCUGCACUGCCUUCUGCAAGCUUUCUUUUUCAAUUGCAGUUGCUAUUUGAUAUUUUAUAUCGGGCCCUGGCCAGUGUGGCUCAGUUGGUUGGAGCGUGAGCCUGUGCACCGAAGGAUCACUGGUUCGAUUCCCCCAGAUACCUCGGGUUUCGGGUUCAACCCCUGGCUGGCGUUUGUACGGGAGGCAACUGACUGGUGUUUCUCACAUCCAUGUUUUUCUCCCCGUCUCUCUCUCCAGAGGCAAUACAAACACAUUUUUAAAAAGAAAACUUAAAUGUUUUAUAUUGGUUUCAGGUGUACAGCAUAGUUAGACAUGGAAUUUCUGAAAUGAUUCCCCUGGCAAGUCUAGUGCCCACCUGGCACCGCACAUAGCUAUUACAAUAUGAUGGACGGCAUUUGCUGUGCUGUGCUCUCCAGCCCUGUGAUCGAUACAGAACUGGCAAUUGGUACUUGUAAAUCCCAUCCCCUUUUCCACCCAGGCCGGCAGCAACCUCCCCUCCCCCGCGCCCCCGCCCCAUCUGGCAACCAUCAGCUUGUUCUUUGUAUCUGUGAUAUGAGUAAGAGUCUGUUUCUGCCUUGUUUGUUCAUUUAUUGUGUUCUUUACAUUCCACAUAUAAGUGAAACCAUACGGUAUCUGUCUUUGUCUGACUUAUUUCACUCAGCACCCCAUCUAGGUCCACCCAUGUUGUUGCAGAUGGCAAGAUUUCACUCUUUGUAUGGCUGAGUAAUAUUCUGUUGUAUAUAUGUGCCACCUCUUCUUUAUCCGCUCAUCCAUCAAUUAGAUAACGCAAGCUGGGUUGCUUCCCAUAAGCCUCGGAUUGCUUGCACCACCACUCAAAGCUGAGAGGGGCGGGUUAACCCGCUAGUGGGGGAGGCACUGCCCUGCCUCCACUCCGCUUGGGAAGUUGGCCUUGCCCCCUGGCUGCCUCUCCCUCCCCUGCCCUAGGUACUGUGGUCAAGUUUAGCGAACAGAACGUGCCCCUUUACAUUUGAAUUUCAAAUAAGCAAUGCAUUUUUUUUUUUUAGUGUAAGUAUUUCCCAUGCGAUUUUUGAGACCCUACUAAAAAAAAAUUACCCAUUUUCAUCUGAAAUUCAAAUUGAACUGGUGUCCUGUGUUUGCUCCGGCAGCCCUAGCUUUAGAGCCACAUCAUGGGGCCAAGUGAUGAGGGAGGACAGGGCAACGAGGGGCUCGGCUGCACUCACCUCUAAUGAGCUGGGUAGGCAGAGGCUGGGCGGCUGGACCGUGGCUGGCGAGCAGUCUGGGGCGGUCAGUCCCAGGACUGGCUUUGACAAUUGCCCCCUCAGGAGCCGGCCCAGAGCCUCAGUGAGUCAUUUUGGUGAAAUCCAUCUCUGAGGCCUGUUUUAAGAGUUACAAGUGAGAACCUAAGAAAAGGGUCUGACUCACAGUGAGUCCUUAUCAUCGUUAUUACGGCGCGAGUGGGGAAAUGAAGGUUCAAGAAAAGAAUGUUCUAGCACCUGUGGAAGGGCAGCAAGGAGUGGAUGGCCAGGAGCAGAGAUCGGAUGGCAGCGGCGGUGGCGGUGUGAGUGGGGCAGGACAGGAGCCAGUCCAAAGCACAAUGGCAAUCCCGGGUGACACGGGUGCUGGCUCUGGCAGGAGGCGGCUCUGGGCAUGGUCCCACCUGGCCCGGUGCGCGGGCUCAUCCCAUGGUUGAUCAGCUGCCAACCACCCACCCACUUUGGCAGACAAGCUACCCAGGAGGCCAUAGAACCUUGGAUACAGGACCCUGGGGGAAGGGGUGAGAAGGGGGAGGAAAGC